GGGAAAGAGACGGGAAGGAGUUCAGUUUUUGCCGCGAACCGGACUCUUCAGAGCAGCUUCGUCUCCUGCGGCUCAGAUCCGGGGUUUUUAAACAUACAACAACAAAAAAACAAGUCAUCAAACUUUCUUUUCCUUUGUACCGUCGCGUUGAUCGACCUGCUUCAGUAUGUCUGGCUUUGACGACCCGGGAGUUUACUACAGUGACAGCUUCGGAGGGGGAGACGGACCCGGCGUGGACGAAGGUGGACAGAAGAGGAUCCACAUCAAGAAACGGUUCCGUGAGUUCCUCCGGCAGUUCAGAGUGGGGACCGACCGCACCGGCUUCACCUACAAAUACAGAGAUGAGCUGAAGAGACACUACACCCUGGGGGAGUACUGGGUGGAGGUGGAGAUGGAGGACCUCGCCAGCUUUGACGAGGAUCUGUCGGACUGUCUCUACAAGCUGCCCACUGAGAACCUGCCGCUGCUGGAGGAAGCUGCAAAGGAGGUGGCUGAUGAAGUGACCCGUCCCCGGCCCGCAGGGGAGGAGACGGUGCAGGACAUCCAGGUCAUGGUGAAGAGUGACGCCCAUCACGCGUCCAUUCGCAGCCUCAAGUCUGAGCAGGUGUCUCGUCUGGUGAAGGUGCACGGCAUCGUCAUCUCAGCCACGGCGGUGAAGGCGAAGGCCACCAGGGUGUGCCUGCAGUGCCGCGGCUGCCGCAACGUCAUCAACAACAUCCCGCUGCCUCCGGGCCUGCAGGGUUACGCUCUGCCGCGCAAGUGCAACACUGAGAACGCUGGCAGGGUGAAGUGUCCCAUAGACCCUUACUUCAUCAUCCCAGACCGCUGCAUCUGCGUCGACUUCCAGACUCUGCGCCUGCAGGAAUCUCCAGACGCUGUGCCGCACGGAGAGAUGCCCCGUCACCUGCAGCUCUACUGCGACAGGUAUCUGUGUGACCGUGUGGUCCCAGGCAACAGAGUGACCAUCAUGGGUAUCUACUCCAUCAAGAAAAUGGCUGCUGCGAAGGCCAAAGGCAAAGAGAAAAGCGCUGGCGUGGGCAUUCGCGCGUCCUACCUGCGAGUGGUCGGCAUCCAGGUGGACACAGAAGGAGCAGGUCGCGGUGCCACCGGAUCGGUUUCCCCGCAGGAGGAGGAGGAGCUCAGAGCGCUGGCCGCUUCUCCGAACGUCUACGACUCUCUGGCACGCUCCGUCGCUCCCUCCAUCUACGGCAGCGAUGACCUGAAGAAGGCCAUCACCUGUCUGCUGUUCGGAGGUUCAAGGAAAAGGCUGCCUGAUGGUCUCACUCGCAGGGGCGACGUCAACCUGCUGAUGCUGGGAGAUCCUGGUACAGCCAAGUCUCAGCUGCUCAAGUUCGUGGAGAGAUGCUCACCUAUCGGGGUUUACACCUCGGGUAAAGGCAGCAGUGCAGCCGGUCUGACCGCCUCCGUGCUGAGGGACCCCAACACUCGUGGAUUCAUCAUGGAGGGGGGGGCCAUGGUGCUGGCUGACGGCGGAGUCGUAUGCAUCGAUGAGUUUGACAAGAUGAGAGAGGACGACAGAGUGGCAAUCCACGAGGCCAUGGAGCAGCAGACCAUCUCCAUCGCUAAGGCUGGCAUCACCACCACGCUGAACUCCCGCUGCUCAGUCCUGGCCGCGGCUAACUCCGUGUUCGGCCGCUGGGACGACACAAAGGGGGAGGACAACAUCGACUUCAUGCCCACCAUCUUGUCCCGUUUCGACAUGAUCUUCAUCAUCAAAGACCAGCACGACCAGCAGAGAGACAUGACUCUGGCUCGUCACGUGAUGAACGUCCACCUCAGCGCCCGGACGCAGACCGAAGGUGUUGAGGGCGAGAUCCCGCUGGCCACCUUUAAGAAAUACAUCGCCUACUCCAGAGCUAAGUGCGGCCCUCGGCUCUCUGCGGCGGCUGCUGAGAAGCUGAAGAACAGAUACGUGGUGAUGAGGAGCGGAGCGAGGGAGCACGAAAGAGAGAGCGACAAGAGACCCUCCAUCCCCAUCACCGUCAGGCAGUUGGAGGCGGUCGUGCGUAUCGCAGAGUCUCUGGCUAAGAUGAAGCUGCAGGCCGUGGCUGGAGAGGAAGAGGUGGACGAGGCUCUCAGACUCUUCCAGGUUUCUACGCUGGACGCUGCGCUGUCGGGCAGCCUGUCAGGAGUGGAGGGCUUCACCUCGCAGGAGGACCAGGAAAUGGUCUCACGCGUCGAGAAGCAGCUGAAGAGACGCUUCGCUAUCGGCUCCCAGGUGUCCGAGCACAGCAUCGUCCAGGACUUCACCAAACAGAAGUAUCCAGAGCACGCCAUCUACAAAGUGCUGCACCUGAUGCUGAGGCGGGGGGAGCUGCAGCACCGCAUGCAGAGGAAAGUGCUCUACAGAGUCAAGUAGAGCUAACCGCUGCUCCGAUACUUCCGUACUGUUGUUGAUGUAAAUAGUUUUUUUUUUUUUGCUCUGCAUAUUUGUGCUGCUCUGUAUUUACCAAUAAUACAAUAAUUAAUUUCAAACCUGGGAUGGAUUGAGUUGGAUCUGGAUUCUUGGCGGCAGCUGCAGCAGCAGCCGCCGUCUGCUCACAUGCUCCAGGAUGAAAACAUGUUUUGGAUAUAGAACCGUUUAGCUCUUAAAGAUGUUUUGUGUCGAUAUGAAAAAGUGUCUGCAUACUCUGUAAAAAAAAAUAAAGACGAAUUAAAAUA